CAUACCUCUCUCUCAUCCCGUCACACUCUCUCUUUCUCUCUCCACUCUUCCAUGGAGGACGAACAGAGCACCUCUCCAUCCCUUAAAAACAAGCUCAAACAAACCCUAUGCUUGUCCUGCUGUUUCCGUAGCAACCGUCGCGACACCUUAGAUUCGCCGUCGUCCGACGACAAGCCCAGACUGCUCAGAACGCCGUCGACGUGGUUGAAGUCCAGAGCUCAGGAGCUGCCGGAGAUCAAAGACAAGUGUCGACACCUCAUUACUCGAAUCGGUAAGCAUCACCGGAGGCACUCGUCCGCCGAUUUCAGGUACGAUCCGUUGAGCUACUCUCUGAAUUUUGACGGAGGGUACGAAGAUACUCAACUGGAUGAUGUUCCGCUGAGGAAUUUCUCGUCUAGAUUGCCGGCGUCGCCGCCGCCGAGAAGAGUUGCGGUGCCGGAAGUGGAGGUGGCUAGUGUGGUGGGUCCGAAUUCGGUGGCAGUCAGGAGAGAGAUUACAGCUUUCAGUUAAUUGGGUUUAGAAAUGCUGGGUUGCCGGUAAGAAAUAUCACCCGACGAGGUGGACAGCCGUGGCGCCGCCGCGGGUGACGCGGAGUUUAGCGAGUUAGGUUUUAGGGUUUGGAUUGUCCAAUGAUUUGAUGUACAGAGCUUGAGUUUUUGGAGAAAUGAUUUUGUGUGUGUGACCGACUGGCUUUUUUUUUUUUCAUUCAUUAAUUUUCAAAUUUUCAAUUCUCUCUCCUUA